UUCUGAACGCAGCAGCGACAACAUGGCUGACGUUACAGCGGUGGACGGAGAGAAACUCAGCAAAAAGUCUUUCUGCUGACUGGUAGCUCAGCAUGCUGUGUCUGGUCAGGGCAGCCAGGCAGCAGCUGUGCCAGGCCUUUGGGGUCAGUGGGCAGUGGUUAAAAUAUGCCCCUCCGAGUACAGUUGCAGUCCCAGCUCAAAUUUACGGGAACCGUUGGAAAGGUGGCAAAAGUGAGCUGAAGAGACGAAUGAAAGCUGAGAAGAAGGCAGCUGAGAAGGAAGCAAAAGUUAAGGAUAUGGCUGAGCAAAAGAAGGAAUCUAAUGACAAGGAAACAGCGAAUGUCUGUGGGCUUGAUGAGGAGACACUUGACCCAAAUCAAUACUUUAAGAUCCGAACCCAAGCUAUCCAAGAGCUGAAGGGCACAACGGAGGACCCGUACCCUCACAAGUACCAUGUAGACCUGUCACUCACAGAGUUCAUUGAGAAAUACAACCAUCUACAGCCAGGAGACCACCUAUCAGAUGUUGUUCUCAAUGUGACAGGUCGUGUCCAUGCUAAAAGGGCUUCAGGUGCUAAGCUGCUUUUCUACGACCUCCGAGGGGAAGGUGUCAAACUGCAAGUUAUGGCAAAUUCAAGAAACUAUAAAUCUGAGGAGGCCUUUGUCGCCAUCAAUAACAAGCUGCGUCGUGGAGACAUUAUCGGGGUUCGUGGUAACCCAGGGAAGACAAAAAAAGGGGAGUUGAGCAUCAUUCCCAUUGAGAUGACCCUCCUCUCACCUUGUUUGCACAUGUUGCCCCAUCUUCACUUUGGCCUGAAAGACAAGGAAACACGAUUCCGUCAGCGCUAUUUGGAUCUGAUUCUCAAUGACUAUGUGAGGCAGAAGUUUGUAACACGCUCCAAAAUUAUCACAUACCUGCGCAGCUUUUUGGACCAGCUGGGAUUUUUGGAGAUUGAGACACCGAUGAUGAACCUCAUUCCUGGUGGAGCUGUGGCCCGUCCAUUUGUUACUUACCACAACGAGCUUGACAUGAACCUCUACAUGAGGAUCGCUCCUGAGCUCUACCACAAGAUGCUUGUGGUCGGUGGGAUAGACAGAGUGUACGAGAUUGGGCGUCAGUUUAGAAAUGAAGGCAUCGACCUUACUCAUAAUCCAGAGUUCACCACCUGUGAAUUCUAUAUGGCAUAUGCAGAUUACCACGACUUGAUGGAAAUUACAGAGAAACUCCUCUCAGGAAUGGUGAAGCACAUCACCGGAGGAUACAAAGUCACAUAUCAUCCUGAUGGUCCUGAAGGACAAGCCUACGAGAUCGACUUCACUCCACCCUUCAGGAGAGUGAGCAUGACCCAUGACCUGGAGAAGAUCAUGGGGGUUAAAUUCCCUCCAACUGACUCCUACGACUCUGAUGAGACACGGAAAUUCUUUGAUGAUCUUUGUACCCAAAAAGGAGUUGAAUGUCCUCCACCCAGAACCACAGCCCGACUCCUUGACAAGCUGGUUGGAGAUUUCCUCGAGGUCACCUGUAUCAACCCCACCUACAUCUGUGACCAUCCUCAAAUCAUGAGCCCUCUGGCAAAAUGGCACCGAUCACAGAAAGGACUCACAGAGCGUUUUGAGCUCUUUGUGAUGAAGAAGGAAAUCUGCAAUGCAUACACUGAGUUGAACGAUCCGAUUAGACAGAGGGAGCUUUUCGAACAACAAGCCAAGGCCAAAGCCGAGGGUGAUGAUGAAGCCAUGUUCGUUGAUGAGACCUUCUGCAACGCACUCGAAUAUGGACUCCCACCAACAGCUGGAUGGGGGAUGGGCAUUGAUCGUCUCACCAUGUUCCUCACAGAUUCCAAUAACAUCAAGGAGGUGCUGCUGUUCCCUGCCAUGAAGCCUGAUGACAAUAAGACAUCAGCGCCCACAGAGGGCACCUCUGUCUAAAAGGCACGACCUCUGACCUCCCCUGCUCUAAACAUCUCUGCAGGAGUCUGCACAGGGACUUAACCUCACUGUGGUGAUCAGUGUGUUUUAUCAGCGUUGGUUUGUCAAAGGGAAAUGGUCUCGUCUCGGUUAUGUGGUUGAAUGAUAAACAAUGACAAAUGGGUUGUCCUUUCUUUUGUAUUUCUUACACUUUAUGAUCAUAUUUGCUGCAUUCUACUUGUGUGACUGUUAGGAGAUAUUUUAAUCCGUAUGUCACCCAGACUGUAAAUGGUAUCAGAUCAGGACGUUAAGUGCAUUCUGCUGUUUUGUACAAAUCUCAGUAAAAUAUGCUUGAAUAAUCUUUAGCAUAUUCAAAGUGAGUGAGAGGAUCAAAUAUACAGAGUAUUAAGAGUACAUGCACCGCAGCUCCCUCACCUCUGACCUGUCCACUAAAUCCAUCUGUUUUUACCAGGUAUGAUCAUUUUCCUUGGACUCCAGAAAUUCAAUAAUCCUCUGACCAGAAGUGUAAACCUGUCUGAAUAAACUGAAUAUGAAUCUGCA